UUACAUUUAUAAUUCUUUAUUAGAUGUCUUUUGUAGUCUUAUAUCUGAAUAAGUGUAGCCCAUGAAAAGCUCCGUCAUUGUCAGUAUCAGCUUAUCAUGUGAUAUGAAUUGACUCCGCUAUUUCUAAUAGAUAAAAAUAAAUGAUAAAACGAUUUUAUAAAAAUAGUUGAAUCAAUUGUACAGAAUAAAUCAUAUUCCGAAACAAAUAAUCAAUGGUAAUAGAUGCAGACAGAGUGAUAGGAAAAUUACCUUGGGUCAAGGAAAAGAAAUAUUUGAAGUAUUAUUCGAGAUAUUAUACUUACAAUAACCCUAAAGAUGUAGAACUUGAAGAUAAAGCGAACAAUGAAAAUGAUAAUAAUUAUACAGAUUACAAUGAUACUAACAAUUCUGAUUGUCAAGACUCCGAUGAUGAUGAUAAUAAUGAUGAUAAUAAUGCUUAUACUUCUAAUGAUGAUGACUCUGAUGAUGACAAUCAGGAUGUUGAACUCAAUGAUGCUGAAUUGAAGGAGCUUCAAAAUCUUUUCUACGAAAGGCGGUUCUACGACAGUUUAAGUGCUAAUGCCUGGAAUAAGAUGCAAGAAGGAAUCAAAGACGUUCCUGACUUCCUCAAAAAUCAAUACUUUGUCGAUGCUGCUAGGGCAAAUGUUUCGGGCUUUGACUUAGCUGUUAGUUUAGAAGGGGUCAACUUAAGUCGACGGGAACUACGAACCCAAUUCCAAAAACACUUAGAUCAAGCCUUUCAUAAACCUAAGAAAGAAUUUUUAGAAAUAAUGGACGAAAUAGAAAAAUUAGACAAUUCUCAUGAAGAUAUUAAAAAUGUGUAUCGAUAUUUGUCAGCACAGUUCGUAGACUCAGAACAGACUUUGAACUACAGUUAUUCCGACUUUGAAAUUGCAAUUAACAACUUGGACAAGUUAACUCGUAUGAAGUUAAUUAAAUUUCUUCAGCUAGCUAGGGUUCUAGUAGCCGAAGACUUGUAUUGGAUAAUAAUUUCUUUCUCACUUGAAAUACACUUCUGUGUUAUGGCAAGUGUUGGUACAAAAUACUCAUUCAUUUUAAAACUAUUGGCUAAGUUGGCUCCCGAAAAAUACCCCUAUGAACCGUUUCCUAGAAUGCACAACUAUUUCAUCACAAUGUUUAAUGAUCUUACUCCUUUUAUUGCUGAAUAUGAGGACGGUUCUAAAAAGCGAGUUGAUUACAAAAUCUUGCUGAUCCUUUCUGGUCCCAUUGUCCUUUUGGAAUAUACAUUACCCUGGAAUGAAGCGCAACUGGCUGGGAAGACAUUGAACGACUUUUUUUACCCAAAGCAAUCUAGAAAAGCAUGGAAACUAACUCAAGAAGAAAAAGAGCAAUAUGAUUUCUUUCUUGAUGGAAAUUGUACUAGAGAAGCAUUGCCAUCAGGGAAUCCCUUCUACAUACUUGAUAAAGGACAGGGGAGUAAUCAAAGAAAAGGGAAGAAACCAUGUCUUUAUAGAGUUAUUAAUCGAACAGAAGCUCCAAAAGUAUAUGUUACCACAACUAAUGCAACUACUAAAAUUUAUUUUUUGGUAGAAUUACUAUUUCACGUCGUUCCAGCUGCAAGCAGAUCAAUCCAUAAAUUUCAUCAAGUAAAAGUAUUAAGUAGCUUACUGUUCUGUCUGUAUUGUCAUACUACUAGACAUAUUCGAUAUACCUGUGAAGUUGCACCGUGUCUGAUAUGUCAAUCUAAAACUCAUAUUGCACCAAAGCAUAAGGCAUCUGUAAUUGAUGAUAAAGACAAAGGUAAAAUACAUGGGUAUAGAAAAAGAAGAUUCAAGCCUGAAGACUAUAUCAACAAUUCUCUGGACUAGUCAACUUGGGUGUAUUAUAUCAGUUUCUUUUUUCCAAAUUUGUCAGAUACAUUCUCCAUGAGAUAAAGCUUUGAAAUAUGUCCCAGGCUAGUACGUUUAUUUCAAGUAAUUAGCAUUUCCAAUCUAUGCUUUUUCGAUUUUAUUAGCUUUACUAUUUUUACAACUCACAGCAUCAAAUUUCCAGACAACGAAAUAACUAAUGGUGGACAUCAUAGGUAGAAGAUUCGAAUAGAGGAUACAAGUAUAAGAUAUGAUGAAAUAAGAAAUUUCCCACUUAAAAUCCAAAUUUUAUAAAUAAAUCUUAGUGAAGAUUGGUUCCUGCCAGAAAACUUAUAUUUUCAACUUCUCAUAAAAACUUCCGUGAUAGUUUAGUGGCUAGAAUUACCGUUUGUCGCAUGGUAGACCGGGGUUCAAUUCCCCGUCGCGGAGCUUUUCUUU